CGGCUGCAUUGAGGCCGGCUUGGUCACUAUGGAGGAGAUAGGCAUUUUGGUGGAGAAAAUUCAGGAUGAGAUCCCAGCACUGUCUGUGUCUCGGCCCCAGACCGGCCUGUCCUUCCUGGGGCCUGAACCUGAGGACUUGGAGGACCUGUACAGUCGCUACAAGAAGCUGCAGCAGGAGCUGGAGUUCCUGGAGGUGCAGGAGGAGUACAUCAAGGACGAGCAGAAGAAUCUGAAAAAGGAAUUCCUCCACGCCCAGGAGGAAGUGAAGCGCAUCCAGAGCAUCCCGCUGGUCAUUGGUCAGUUUUUGGAGGCUGUGGAUCAGAACACAGCCAUUGUGGGCUCGACCACAGGAUCUAACUAUUACGUGCGCAUCCUAAGUACCAUUGACCGGGAACUGCUCAAACCCAAUGCCUCAGUGGCCCUGCACAAACACAGCAACGCCCUGGUGGACGUCCUGCCUCCUGAGGCUGACAGCAGCAUCAUGAUGCUUACCUCAGACCAGAAGCCAGAUGUGAUGUAUGCGGACAUCGGAGGCAUGGACAUCCAGAAGCAGGAAGUGCGGGAGGCCGUGGAACUCCCACUUACGCACUUCGAGCUCUACAAGCAGAUUGGCAUCGACCCUCCCCGAGGUGUCCUCAUGUACGGCCCACCUGGCUGUGGGAAGACAAUGUUAGCGAAGGCUGUGGCCCAUCACACGACAGCUGCAUUUAUCCGUGUGGUGGGCUCAGAGUUUGUUCAGAAGUACCUGGGUGAGGGCCCCCGCAUGGUCCGGGACGUGUUCCGCCUGGCCAAGGAGAACGCGCCCGCCAUCAUCUUCAUAGAUGAGAUCGACGCCAUCGCCACCAAGAGAUUUGAUGCCCAGACAGGAGCUGACAGGGAGGUUCAGAGGAUCCUGCUGGAGCUGCUCAAUCAGAUGGACGGAUUUGACCAGAACGUCAAUGUGAAGGUAAUCAUGGCCACAAACAGAGCAGACACCUUGGAUCCGGCUCUGCUACGGCCAGGACGCCUGGACCGGAAAAUCGAGUUCCCGCUCCCCGACCGUCGCCAGAAGAGGUUGAUUUUCUCCACCAUCACCAGCAAGAUGAACCUCUCUGAGGAGGUCGACCUGGAAGACUAUGUGGCCCGGCCAGAUAAGAUUUCAGGUGCCGACAUCAACUCCAUCUGUCAGGAGAGUGGGAUGCUGGCUGUCCGUGAGAACCGCUACAUCGUCUUGGCCAAGGACUUCGAGAAAGCAUACAAGACUGUGAUCAAGAAAGACGAGCAGGAACACGAGUUUUACAAGUGACCCCCCCCCCCAAACUCCCCCAUGAACCCCCUUCCCCCCAGGCGCCUGUCCCAAAAGCUAGUUUUCUCUUUACCCAGGAUCGGUUUAGUCAAUAAA